UGCUUUCAGAAGUCAGUGGGAAACGCUGGAAGGCACACAGCUCCGCCGCCAUGUCUCUCCACAGAUACGUGCUAGCCGGCACCCUGCUGGUCCUGUCUGUCUGCCAGGCACAGAGUGGUGGCACGAGACAGGCCACGACUGGCACCACCAAAGGCAGACUGCAGCCCUGGCUGGUCGGCUUGGCAGCGGUCGCAGGCUUCCUCUUCAUCGUAUUCAUUGUGCUGAUCGCCAAGAGGCUUCUGUAUGGCAGAGAUGAAGAGGACGUGGAAGGUUAUGAAAACAAAGCCGCAGAGUCUGUCUUUGAUGAAGAGGAAGCCCAUGUCAAACAGACUGUCCUAUAAAGAAGUGACCCAGAGAAAACAGCCUAUAAGACCAACACUGUUAUUGCAUUCCACAGCAGCAAGAAAACAAAAUAACUUUCCACUAUGAGAUUGUGAUCUGUAUUCAAAUAAUGUAACUUAUUUAGACAUUUAUUUAGACACAUUUGUACAUAGCCAUUGUUAUGGUUUGAUUUAAUAAACACACAAGGCAGUCAUUGCUGAUAUAUGACUGGUUCUUACAAAAAUAGCAUGUCUUUACUUUUGCCAACCACUAGAUGGUAUCAGACACACUAUCCAUCCUCAUUAGUAGGACCUGCCAAAGCAGUUUCCAUCACUGAAUAGAAUAUCAAUUAACAAGAGUCCAAAAGAGGGAGUUAAACUAUGCCAUGCAUGCUGUGUGAUUGAAAAGGAGGUUUCACUGUGUAAUACAAUGAAAUAAUUGUUGUGAUUGUUAUGAUUGUGUUAUGAUUGAUCUUACAGAAUAAAAACCUUAUAUUAUAAA